UGUACAUGUUCAACAUACAAGCAUUUUCAUAACUUUGAUUUGUUUACAUAAUUUAUAAAAGAGUUGUUUUAUUAUUUGAUUUACCUUAUGGAGACGGUAACAACACCUGGAGCAACAACAGGAUUAAGAAAUUCAAGGUUUAUUGGUGCGAGAGUGAUUCGAGGACCGGAUUGGAAAUGGGGAAAACAGGAUGGAGGUGAAGGGCAUGUAGGCACUGUGCGUAAUUUUGAAUCACCCGAAGAAGUCGUUGUGGUUUGGGAUAAUGGCACAGCCGCUAAUUAUCGAUGUUGUGGAGCUUUUGAUUUACGGAUAUUAGACAGUGCCCCAACUGGUAUGAAACAUGAAGGCACUAUGUGUGAUACAUGCCGUCAACAACCAAUAUUUGGUUUGCGAUGGAAAUGUGCCGAAUGCGGAAAUUAUGAUCUGUGUUCUAUUUGUUAUCAUAGUGAUAAACAUCAUUUAAGACACCGUUUUUAUCGGAUCUCUACAGCUGGAAGUGAACGUAUGAUCUUAGAACCUCGUCGAAAAAGCAAAAAGAUUGCUAUACGUGGAAUAUUCGCUGGCGCGCGUGUUGUUCGCGGUGUCGAUUGGCAAUGGGAGGAUCAAGACGGUGGUAAUGGUCGUCGGGGUAAAGUCAAUGAAAUUCAAGAUUGGUCAGCCGCGAGCCCACGUAGUGCAGCAUACGUUGUGUGGGAUAAUGGCACAAAAAAUUUGUAUCGUGUUGGUUUUGAAGGAAUGGCUGAUUUAAAAGUUGUAAAUGAUGCCAAAGGACAAACAGUUUAUCGUGAUCAUUUACCAUUACUUGGUGAACAAAGUCCUGGACGAUCUGGUGCAAAUAGUUUACAAAUUAAUGAUAAAGUUAACGUUGAUUUAGAAUUAGAAAUUGUUCAAACAUUGCAACAUGGACAUGGUGGUUGGACUGAUGGAAUGUUCGAGUGCUUAGGUACCACAGGAACUGUGGAAGGAAUUGACGAAGAUCAUGAUAUUGUUGUAUCGUAUCCUAGUGGAAAUCGUUGGACAUUCAAUCCUGUCGUUUUAACUAAAGUUGCUUCUGCUGUGCCGGAAACAGUUACAGAAACACCACAAAAACAAUUUGCUGUCGGGGAUUUGGUGCAAAUUUGUAAUGAUUUAGAGCGAAUUAAAUUACUUCAACGUGGGCAUGGAGAAUGGGCAGAAGCUAUGGCACCGACUUUAGGAAAAAUAGGAAGAGUCCAACAAAUAUAUCAUGAUAACGAUUUAAAAGUUGAAGUAUGUUCAACAUCAUGGACAUACAACCCAUUAGCCGUUACAAAAGUAGCAACUACCGAUGGAACUGUAUCCGGUAAUACCAGUGGUGAACGUUUAAGUGCGUUAUUGAAAAAACUAUUCGAAACACAUGUGUCGGGUGAUGUCAAUGAAGAACUUGUCAAAACAGCGGCAAACGGAGAUGCUCCAAAAUGUGAAGAAAGCUUAAAACAAGCAGCAACUACUGGUGCAGAUGUAAAUGGUGUUUUUGCUGGACAUACAGCCUUGCAAGCAGCCAGUCAAAAUGGACAUUUAGAAGUAAUUAAAGUGUUGUUACGUUAUAAUGCUGAUGUUGAAAUUGAAGAUAAAGAUGGUGAUCGUGCGGUGCACCAUGCGGCAUUCGGCGAUGAACCUCGCGUUAUGGAAUUAUUAGCUCGUGCUGGAGCUGAUUUAAAUGCGCGUAAUAAACGCCGUCAAACUGCUUUACACAUGGCAGUAAAUAAAGGACAUGUAGAUGUUGUGAAAACUUUAUUGGAAUUGGGGUGUCAUCCUAGUUUACAAGAUUCGGAGGGUGACACACCAUUACAUGAUGCUAUAUCCAGGAAGAGGGAUGACAUGUUAUAUCUCCUGUUGAACCAUUCUGCGGAUAUCACACUCACAAACAACAAUGGUUUCAAUGCUUUACAUCAUGCUGCGUUACGCGGAAAUCUCUGUGCUAUGAAAAUUCUACUAUCAAAGCUACAACGUCCAUGGUUGGUUGAUGAGAAAAAGGAUGACGGUUAUACUGCAUUACAUUUAGCCGCAUUAAAUAAUCAUGUUGAAGUUGCUGAACAAUUAGUACGUGUGGGUAAUGCUGACAUGGAUUUACAAAAUAUUAAUUUACAAACAGCGUUACAUCUGGCUGUUGAACGUCAGCAUACACAAAUUGUACAUUUAUUAGUACGAGAAGGUGCUAAUUUAAAUAUCGCUGAUAAAGAUGGUGAUACACCAUUACAUGAAGCAUUACGUCAUCAUACUCUAUCGCAAUUACGUCAAUUACAAGAUGUACAUGAUGUUGGCAAAUUGUUAAUGGGCUUAGGGAGUCAAGGUGCUGACAAAAAAUCCUCAGCAAGUAUUGCAUGCUUUUUGGCUGGUAAUGGAGCUGAUUUAACAAUAAAAAAUAAGAAAGGACAAACGCCAUUAGAUUUAUGCCCGGAUCCAAAUUUAUGUAAGACAUUAAUGAAAUGUCGCAAAGAAUUGGAAUCAAUGGACAUUGAAAUGUCAACACAAGCUGCUGAAGCGGCUGCUAACAUUACAUUGGAAGAAUGUUUAGUGUGUUCAGAUGCAAAACGUGAUACAUUGUUCAAGCCAUGCGAUCAUGUUGCAUGUUGUAAUGCAUGUGCACAUCGUGUUAAAAAAUGUUUGAUAUGUCGUAAUGCUGUUACAUCUCGUGUGAAGAUUGACGAAUGUGUUGUGUGUUCUGACAAGAAAACCUCCGUAUUAUUUAAACCAUGUGGUCAUAUGUGCGCUUGUAGCAGUUGUGCACCAAUAAUGAAAAAGUGUGUGCAAUGCCGUGCGCAAAUUGAUUUAAUGGUACCCCUAACAGUUUGUAGUGGCGGUGUUGGUACCGUAUCUGAAGUAAUACCUGAUCCAGUUGAAGAAACUGCAUCAAAUGUUGCCAAUAUAACAGCAGCAACACCUUCAACUUCAACAUCAUCUACAAACAAUGCACUUUCAAAUGUCGCGUCAGGCACUACUGGAAAUGGUGGAACAACUAAUGCGGCUGCAGUUGGUGCAUCCGGUGGAUAUCAAGGACCAUUAAUGAAUAAUGGUAGCCGUGAUAUAAAUAAUGAUAUACAAAAAUUACAACAACAAUUGCAAGACAUCAAGGAACAGACAAUGUGUCCUGUAUGUUUAGAUCGUCUAAAAAAUAUGAUUUUCUUGUGUGGUCAUGGAACUUGUCAAAUGUGUGGUGAUCGCAUGUUUGAAUGUCCAAUAUGUCGUAAAGCUGUAGAAAAACGAAUUCUUUUGUAUUAAAUAAGAAGAUAUCGAAGCAAUGAUAAAUAUACACCACAAUGUAAUCGAACAAUACCUAUUAGUUGAUAAGUAUAUUAAAUAA